AUAUGGAUUCCAACUAUAUGAUUGAAUGAAAAUCACGAUACUGACAAGACACGGAUGAAAAUGAUGAUUUCAAAUCGAUAAAAGGGAGGAAACAUAAUUGAAUUAUUCAGACAAUGUAAGGAACAUGAAGUCGACAGACACAAAUGGGCGUGACGAGGAAAAUAUUGUUCAUUACUUUGUAAUGGGAGCCGCUCAUGAUUGGAAAACAAUUUACCUCUCGUCACAUGACUAUCAAUUGAAAUUCAAACCCCAAUCAUCAACAUAAUAAAAUAUCACUUCAAAUAUAUCAACCAUAAUAGAGGAAAAUUGACUCUACCGGAAAAUAAUAAUAAUGGAAGUCUAUAAGCCGGAAGAUGGUUUUGUUAUGGCUGUAAGUGUUUUUACUAUUUUUGGUAUGUGGCCAACAGCAGUUAAACUUCCAACAUUAAGAGGAUUUUAUAAUAUUUUCAGUUACUGUUUUCAUUUUACAUAUAAUAUCGCUCUGUUACCAACACAAGUUAUAAAUAUGUAUGUUCAUAGAAAAGAUUUAUACAAUUUAAUUGAGGACUCAUUUUUUACAAUGACUUGCUUUGUAUUUUUUGUUAAAAUGCUUAACAUAUUUUUUAAGCAAAAGAAAAUUGAGGAACUUUUAAAAAGACUAAAUAAUCCUAUUUUUACACCAACUAGAAGAGAACAUUUUUUAAUAGCAAAAAAAAGUGCUAAUUAUGCGAUAUUUAAUUGUGUACUAUUUUAUUCAAUGUGUGUGCUAACUUGUAUUUGGUGGAUAAUAUAUCCCCUUGUCGAUGAUAGUCAGGUAAAAGCAUUACUUUAUGGUGCUUGGUAUCCUUUUAACGUUACAGUCGAGCCAUACUACACAUACGCUUACAUAUUUCAAUGCAGUAUGGUACUAUUAACAGCUAAUAUAAAUUCAAUGAUGGACAUGAUUGUAAUUGCAUUUUUUAUUACAAUGUUGGGACAGUUAGAAAUGCUGAAAAUUGAUUUUAAGAAAUUAACCGACAUUAACGAUAAUAAUAUCAAUGAAACGGAAAAUCGUGAAAUUUCUCGACUAACAGAAGAUGAUAAUUUAACGACUUAUUCUUGUUUUAAUGAGGAUAAUAAUGCGAUUAGAAUUUACGAGCAAAGAAUCAUUAAUUAUGUUAAUCGUUACAAGGCAAUAAUAGCUUACAUUCAAGAUGUAGUAGAAACAUUUGGAACGAGCAUAAUGGUACAAUUUUGUGGAAGUUCGGUUGCAUUAUGUUUAAGUUGUUUCAUACUUACUUUGUUAAAACCUAAUUCAAUAAAAUUUUACGUUAUUUUACAAUAUUUGAUAUGUAUGUUAUUUCAAAUGUAUAUUUACAUGAGAAGAGGAAAUGAAAUUACUAUGAAGACUUCUGAAUUGAUAAAUGCAAUUUAUCAAUGUUCAUGGGCUUCUGUGCCAAAUAAAGGAUUUCGACAAUUAUUAUGCAUAAUUAUGUCACGAUUGCAAGUACCAAUUCAAAUACGAAUUUGGAAUUUUGUUCUAUUGUCGCUCAACACAUUUCUAGGUGCCGUAAAAACAUCAUAUUCCUUCUACGUUCUUCUGAGGCAAUUUCAAAAGAAACGAAUAAUGUUAUUGUAGAAAAUUUAAAAACAAAUUAUAUUAAUUAAUAAUCAUUAAACAAGAAUUA